AUUGUCAUGGUGACCCAGUCGAUGAAACGCAUUAUCUGUAAUUACCAUUUAAUAAAUGUGUAGUAAAUAUGUAAUAAAUGUUUAACAGCCCCUAAUACAUACACUAUUUUUUUCCAGUACAAAAUGUACUUUCUGGUGGAACUAUUAAUAAAAUUAGCACUCAGUUUCAGUUCCCUUUCAAAAUAACAAAAUCACCAAACAUGUGUAAUAACAGUCUUGGUAAGGGCCAUGAUUUAUUUAUUUAUUGUUAUCAUUGCUGCUUUCCCCCCUUGUUUUCUACCAUUCCCUACAAUUCCGUACCGUUUUUUGUAAUACAAUCCUUAUGUCACGCAUGUGCACAGCGUGUAAUCAUUGCUCAUUUGCAGCGUGUGUACCAUAAACUGCAAAAACGAGUGGCAAACUCAACUAGGUGCCGUAAAAACAUGCCGAUGCAAACGUAUAAAAUCACGCAUCCCCUCUCUCUUUUACCCUGACUGCCUUCUUUGCAAAAGCUUCUUCUAAAAAAGUAGGCGGUAAUUAUUUAGGGGAACAACGCCGCGUUACCUGCCAUUGGAGGGCCACCUGGGAUUGAUGAGACGCGGCGGCCAAUGAGAAGGCGAGGAGCCCGUCAAGUGGCCCCAGUUAAAGGGGGCGUUAGAGGAGGAAGGGCCAGUCCGCGGAGGAGCUUUUGGGACCCUCUGCGCGAGAAGCGACCCCGAGAGCGAGAGAGACGCAGCGCACAAGCGAGCCGAGCGUGCGUGCGAGCAAGAAGGAGAGAAAGAGAGUGAAAAAAAGCUUAAAUUAUGUUCAAACAACUUUGAGGAUAAGGAAGAAUUUGGACGGACAAGAGAAGACUGUGACAUUUUGGAUUUUCGUUUCAAUUAAACUUAACCAGAAGUGAGUGUUUCGUUUGUUUAGUCGUUUGUUUUUUGUUGCGCGGAGCACAUCAGUCAGCUAUGUUGUUUCCCACGCCGAGCGCGUGACAGCAUCUACCCCUGCGUCGCUCACUUGCCAACAAUUCCGCGCGUAGUUUCCAAAGAGUGAGUUUAGCGAGGCGAGGCCGGGCGCCAUGCUGCUGGACGCAGGCCACCAGUUCCCGGGUCUGGGUUCGUUCGCCCGCCACCACCCGGCGACCGGAGACAUGCAGGAGCGAGAUCUGAGCCUGGCCCAGAACACGUUCGUGGACUCGGCCCACAUGGGCGCCUUCAAGCUCAACCACGAGCUCUCCCCGCCCGGCCAGAGCUCCGCCUUCAGCAGCCAGGCGCCGGGCUACCCGGCGGCGGCUCUGGGCGCGCACGCCGCUCACGUCACCUCGUACGCGGGCUCUCCCUUCAACUCCACCCGGGACUUUCUGUUUCGCAGCCGCGGCUUCGGUGAGAGCUCCCCGGCUGGAGGCCAGCACGCGCUGUUCGGCCCCGCCGCGGGCUCUCUGCACCCCACGCACCACCACACGGACACGCCGCAGGGCCACAUCUUGUUCCCGGGCAUCCAUGAGCAACACGGCUCCCACGCGUCCGGCAACGUGCUCAACGGGCAGAUGAGACUCGGCCUGGCGGGGGAGGUGUUCGGUCGAUCCGAGCAGUACCACCAGGUGUCCAGCCCGCGGGCCGACGCGUACUCGGCGGCGCAGCUGCACAACCAGUACGGCUCCAUGAACGUCAACAUGGCUGCGCACCACCAUCACCAUCAUCACCACCACCCGGGCGCCUUCUUCCGAUACAUGCGGCAGCAGUGCAUCAAGCAGGAGCUCAUCUGUAAGUGGAUCGAACCCGAGCAGCUCAGCAACCCCAAGAAGUGCUGCAACAAGACGUUCAGCACCAUGCACGAGUUGGUCACGCACGUCUCCGUGGAGCACGUCGGCGGGCCGGAGCAGACCAACCACAUCUGCUUCUGGGAAGAGUGCCCGCGGGAGAGCAAGCCCUUCAAGGCCAAGUAUAAGUUGGUCAACCACAUCAGGGUGCACACGGGAGAGAAGCCAUUCCCGUGCCCCUUCCCCGGCUGCGGCAAAGUCUUCGCGCGCUCGGAGAAUCUCAAAAUCCACAAGCGCACGCACACAGGAGAGAAACCUUUCCAGUGCGAGUUUGAAGGCUGCGACCGGAGGUUCGCCAACAGUAGCGACAGAAAGAAGCACAUGCAUGUCCAUACAUCGGAUAAGCCCUACCUGUGCAAGAUGUGUGAUAAGUCCUACACGCACCCAAGCUCCUUACGAAAACACAUGAAGGUGCACGAGUCGUCCCCAUCGGCAUCCGACUCGUCGCCGGCGGCCAGCUCGGGCUACGAGUCGUCCACGCCGCCAGGCCUGGUAUCGCCUACCACCGAGACGCAAAGCAACACCACGCUAUCGCCGGCCUCCAUCGUACACAGCAGCACCAGCCACAGCGGCCUCACGUCCAAUUUCAGUGAAUGGUAUGUGUAGGACUCCCCUCCACCCAAAUGAAGACACACACACUCAUUUCACAGCACUGGAGCCCCCCUCCCCCCUACAAAAAGGCGAUUUGGAAACACAUUACCAUUUUUUUCCACUACCUUCCACCACAACGUGUAUAAUAUAUUCAUAUUGUAAAUAGUGGCUCACUUUGAUUGUGGUAGAUAUGUCUUUUUCGGUGUCUAGAUGUUUCUUCGAUGGUAGCUAUCACUCUAACUGGACUCUUAGUGCGCAUAACCCAAUAACAAUUGUACACCAUCCGAAACUGGCGAACUGAUUGUACUAUACUAUAAACUUAUAAACGCCUAAACUGGAAAGCGUGCCAAAGUCGAACACACGGACACACCACGUUAAUCUUCUCGUGAAUGUACAUUUUUUUCGUUUUGUUUGGAUUUUUAAGAAGAAAAAAACUUUGCCGGGCGUAACUUGUGCCAUUUUCUUGUGCUCUGCAAAUUGUGAUAAUGUGGAAGGACUGUUGAAGGGGAAAAAAAUGAAAUUUUGUGCUGUUAUUUUUCACCUGUAACUCCUUCCUGUUUUGUGUGUGUGUGUGUGUGUGUGUGUAAAUAGCCGACUGCCAUAUUUAUCCGUUUGUAAUUAAAUUAUGGUAUUUACUUGCUACAGAUGAAACAGUAUUUAUAAAAAGAAUGUUUCUUUUUGUUUUGGAUUAUAAAUAUGUACAAAUCGAAGAGGUUAAAAACUCACCCGGCAGUUGUUUUUCGUCGUGAUUUUUUGUUUCGGGAAAGAAAAAAAAAAGUUUUAAAGAGGUGUUUUCAUCCUGACUGUGAUAAAACAUUUGAAACCAUAUAAAUAUAAUAAAAGAAAGUGUUGUAAGUGCUAAUUUGUGGUGAUGUGCGUGCUUUUUAUGUGGAGUUGAAGCGGUUUCGAGGGCGAAGUAAACUUUAGAAACGAAAGAAAAUACUCAAAUCUUGUAAGUGUUUAGAUGGUUUUAUGUGUUUUUUAAUUGCUAUGUUACAAAAUAUAACAUAUUACUAUUGUACUCAUGAGUUCUUUUUGAGCGUCACUC